GUAGGUUAUUUUGCUUUGGAGGUGAGUCUGUUGGAAAAUUACUGCCCGCGUGCAGUGACUGUGGGCCUGGGGCGGUGCAGGAGCAGUAUAAAAGUGGGCCCUUCUCCUCUCUCUCUCAUCCGCUCCUGUCGCCUCCAUCUCCUUGGGAACAAGGUGCACCUCCGGACCCAAGACAUGUCCUGCUACAGCCAGUGCCUGCCCUGCCAGCCCUGCGGCCCGACCCCGCUGGCCAACAGCUGCAAUGAGCCCUGUGUCAGGCAGUGCCAGGACUCCACCGUCGUCAUCCAGCCCUCCCCCGUGGUGGUGACCCUGCCCGGCCCCAUCCUCAGCUCCUUCCCACAGAACACCGCCGUGGGAUCCUCCACCUCCGCUGCCGUUGGCAGCAUCCUCAGCUCUGAGGGAGUGCCCAUCUCCUCCGGGGGCUUUGGCCUCUCCGGCUUCGGCAGCCGCUACUGCGGCAGGAGGUGCCUCCCCUGCUAAAGCUGCUGGCGAUGGCCCUGGGCAAGGCCACCAGGGACCCAGGAGAUGGUACCGCGCUGGGGACGGAGCAU